GUCAACUUCCCACCCCAUUUUCCUUGUUGUUUCUCCCCUUCUGCUGCACCCUAUCAAAAAUGGAGAUUGUCAAUAUUUGUCACCACUGUCUGUGUUUGAGACCUCUGUAAUAGUUUCAAAGUUAUGAAUAACAUAUGAACCAUAUGAAGAAUUAAAAUUUGGAUAUAUAACUACAUAGAUAAUGUACUAGUUCACCAAUCUUUUAGUGUAUUUGUUCCGAAAAGUGUUCCCCCCUGUCAUGAAAAUAACAACCCCCAAUGGGAAUUGGUUCAGGCUAAGAAGAGAAAACUUGUUGCUUAAUUGCUUAGAGCCAUUGUCGGACUCCCCAAGUAUCCAGUUCCAUAAACAAGAGAGAUUUAUUAUUAUUAUUCAAGUGUGGUUAUUUGGUCUUAAAACACGUUCAUAACUUUCUCUUCUGGAUGCCGCCAAUGCAGCCACAGCCUUAUCAACCUAGAGACUGAUGGGCGGAAUUAGCAGCAGCUUAGCUUCCAAACAUUUCCCAGUACUGUAUCCGGAGCGGGGGCGGGGCUUGUGGUCGGCGAGGAGCCGCGGCCGCCGCCAUCGGCUUCCGACGACACGCCCCCUUUCCCCUCCCCAUGCCCCAUAAGUUGUUCCAGAACUUGAGCCCCGCCCCUUCCCUCUUGCCCGUCCGCUUCCGAGUGGUGGCGCCGAUUGUGUACACACAGCCGCGGAGACCAAUGAGAACCCGGAGACGCCAGGCUCCGCGCGGACGCGUCGACCAAUGGGCGAGCCCGGUCGCCAGACGCCGCCAAGCUUGUGCGGGGGAGAGAGAGCGAUAGCGAACCUGACAGAGGCGACUGUUGGGGCUGCUGCGGGAGAGGCAAGGCUGGCCGGCCGGCUGGGCUGUAUAGCGACCGGAGGCGGGCGGCGCGGCUGAGGCCGGGUGGAAGUGUGCUUACACAUGUUUUACUCAGAAGUAAAUGCCACUGAUUUCAAUGAAGUUUAACCCCCAGCUGAAGAGAGAUUGUUAUGAUGGCAGCGUUCACUUAUGAAGAUAUCUACUUGUAAAUGGAGUGCUUCUGCAUUUGACUGCUCAUGUCUGGCACCAUCUCAAGUUUCCUCUGAAUAGUAACAAAGACUGUGGAGACUUGGUACUGCAGUAAAAGGCAUGCUUCCUUAGUCCAGGGAAUAUAUAUAUCGUUUUGGUUUCUGUCUUCCUGGGUGCUUCUGCUUGACAUACUGGGAUCAUGUUAUAUUGAAUUCAUGACCUUCUGGUAAUUUCAUGGCAAAAGACUGGUAACCUAAAUAAAGAAUUGACCUCAUAUCGUAAUAGUGAACAGAGAAUCAACAACUAAAGAACUGUCACCUACAAUGGAUUACAUACCCUUUCUAAACAGUGAAGUAACAAGGAAAAGCAUAGAAAGCCUGUGAAAGAAAAUAUUUCCAUAAUUGCACUACCAGUGUAUACCAUCAACUCACCAUCUAAGAGUUUGCCAAAAACAUUUGCACCAAUAAAUGUGAAUGUUGGACCCCAAAUGAUUAUAAGCACACCACAAAGACUGACCAAUUCGGGAAGUGUUCUCAUUGGAAGUCCCUACACCACAGCCUCAGCCAUGGUCACACAGAUGCAUAUAACUGAAGCCACUGGCUGGGUUCCAGGGGAUAGAAAACGAACUCGAGACUUAAUGGAAUCAGAUUUUUCGGAAAGUAAAAGAAGCAGAAAAGGAGAUAAAAAUGGAAAGGGUUUGAGACAUUUUUCAAUGAAAGUAUGUGAAAAGGUCCAGCAUAAAGGUACAACAUCUUAUAAUGAAGUUGCAGAUGAGCUGGUAUCGGAUUUUACAAACUCUAAUGGCCACUUAGCUACAGAUUCAGUUUAUGAUCAGAAGAAUAUUAGGCGGAGAGUUUAUGAUGCCCUCAAUGUAUUGAUGGCGAUGAACAUUAUUUCAAAGGAGAAAAAAGAAAUCAAAUGGAUAGGUCUUCCUACAAACUCGGCUCAAGAAUGUCAAAACCUUGAGAUAGAGAAACAACGACGUAUAGAACGUAUAAAACAGAAGAGAGCUCAGCUGCAAGAACUUAUACUUCAGCAAAUUGCUUUCAAAAAUUUGGUACAAAGAAAUCAACAAAACGAACAACAGACUCAGGGUGCUCCAGCUUUGAAUUCUACCAUACAACUACCUUUUCUAGUAAUAAACACAAGCAAAAGCACCGUCAUAGAUUGCAGUAUCUCUCCUGACAAAUUUGAAUACCUUUUUAAUUUUGAUAGCACUUUUGAGAUCCAUGAUGACACUGAAGUAUUAAAGCGAAUGGGAAUGUCACUUGGCCUAGAGACAGGCAAAUGCUCAUCGGCAGACCUAAGAGCUGCUAAAUCACUAGUGCCUAAAGCUUUAGAAAGCUAUGUCACAGAUAUGUCUACAGGAAUUUAUUGCUUGAACCAGGGGCUAGUUUUAAAUUCAGCUCAAGCAGGUUCUGCUUUAGCCACAGCUGGGGAUACUGCUCUUUUUAAGUCAAGUGGAAAUCCAGGGUUGUGUCUAGAUUCUGAAGUGGCCUUAGCAACACGCCAGCUGCUGGCUCCCAGCAGCCAACAGUCCAGCAGUGCAACAUCACACUACUCAGAGUCACGUGGUGAAACCCCCUGUUCCUUCAAUGAUGAGGAUGAGGAUGAAGACGACUCUUCUUCACCAGAAUAGAGGCACACCAGCCAUUUGAAAUGCUCCUCUUGUGCACUACUCUUGUGUGCUUAACUCUAUUUACAUAGUUUUCUUCCACGUUUUGCCUCUUUACCCUGUGCAAUUUUGUUGAAAUUUUGGAAGUGUCAGAGACAGGAAGCUGCUUAUAACAAGGCACAGGACAUUGUACUACUACAGGACAAGAAGAGAGGAUGACUCAGUGCUCAUACCUAGGCACAUUGGAGAGAAUGUGGAGCCCUUCAAACAAGCAAAUGACCUCUCUGGUGUGACAGCAUUCUCUUUCAUUGGUACCCAAAUCUCGUCCACAGAGGCAGAAUGGAUUUCUUCUCCCUGCAAUAUGUUAAUUCCUUACUUAAACAGCACUACAGUGACAGACCGCCUGCACUUCCUGUCAGGGCAUUCAUUUACCUAGGCCACUUCUCAUGCAUGGGUUGUUCCUCUUCUGUAUGUGUGGAGGGUCAGCUCCUGUGUUUUAUGUAUUUGUGUUUGUAGUCCUCACUGCCAGAAAGACGUUGGAAGUGGUCCUGGUAGCUUGGUUGCAUAGGGGUCUCCUGGAUCCAUGGUGGACUCCUCUGUAAUCUGCCAGGCAACUUGAGGACCCUCAUUAAAGUUUGUGACAGGUAAGAGUAGGAUGUCCUUUCCCAAUAAGCUUUGAAAGGCACAUGGUUAGUGUGCAACUCCACAUCUCCCCUUCUGGGCCCAUAUACUGAAUAAUUGAAUUGGCCCGCAUUACUUUCCCCUUCACUAUUAGGGGGGAAAACACCUUUCAGAAAGGUCAGAGUGGACGGUGCACAAUUUUUCUUUUUAUAUCAUCAUCAGUUGCCUGCUGCUUUCCCCCUACCUAAGAUGCUAAUUAACUCCUCUGCCCAGUUGUCAAUUUUUUUUUACUGCAGAAGAACACAAAUAUUUAAAACCACCGUGCCUCAUAAGACUAUGUGAUAGGGAAGCUAUUGAUGUUUUAUUCUGAUUGGCUAGCUGUGUGAAGAAGUGGUAUACGUUCACAAAGAGACAUGUGUUUUCAGCUUGAAAUCCUGUUUUAAGUAUUCUAGAUUUAGUAUUUCAUCAGGUUAUCAUUUUCCCCUUCUACUGUCCAUUAAGCAGUGAGAUAAUACUCACAGCACACUCUCUGCAGCUGCUGUUUUAAUUUAGAAAUGAAGAAACUGUAUUGAAGGAAUUUUAAUUUUUUUAAAAGAUGGCAGUACAAAAUACUAAGAUUUUAACUGAUAUGUGACGUUCCCUCACUUUUUUUAAAAAGGAUAAAGGAAGGUUAAAUUAUAGCGAAGCUUUCCCCCAUAGAAUCUUAAAUUACAGUCCUAUGAAAUCCAAGCAAUUUUAGUUGACAAGUAUGUUCUGAAAUAAUAAUAAACUUGCUUUCUAAAUGUCUACUAGACCAAUGGAAUAUUAUUAAUUAUUUAAGUAAAAUACAGCUCUCUUUAGAGAACUAGAAAAUGAUUAUUAUUAUUUUGAAGAAACUAUUUUGAUCUCAGGUUUUAAAAUGAUCUAUGAAGCCAUAGUAAUAUUCGCUGCAAAUCAUAUAGUGCUGAUAGGGAAAUAAGAAACUGGUAUCUUCAAGUGUAACAAUGGAUGUGAAUAUAUGAAUACAGUAAUCUAAAGAGGCUUUUUACUUUGAUUUUGUGUGUCUGUUAAAUGAAGCAGCUUCAGCCGAAAGUACUAUGAUCUAAUUUUGGGGAAAUUAAAAAGAAUGUUUUAGUUUGAGAAGGUAGAUAGUAGGUUUUUUCGCCCCAGACUGAUUUUUUUGUGUAUGAGUAUUAACAUCCAAAGGAAAAGCUCCAUUUUUAGUCUUUAGGGGUACAUUGCCAGCUGAGAGGUAGCAGAAGCGUGUUCCAAUUUUUAAAAUUGCUUACUGUUUGUGAUUUGGCAAACCAUUAGGCAGUCUUUCACAUAUAUCGAAUGCAGGAUUUCACUUUGUUCCAGGCAUAGUGCUCUGAAUAGAACUCAAAUUGAGCAAGCCUUCCUGUGUCAGAAUUGCUGACCAAAUGAGGGAGGUGCUCAGUCGCUGAACGAAAACAUGGAAAUGUGGUAGAAUGAAAACAAAGUCAUUUUCACCAUCACUCUAACUUUCUCAUGGUAGGAGAUGCCUGUCUUUUUAAUGUGGGUCCAUCCAUUCACUGUAAACACAAGGGUUGGGAGAUAAACUCUACUUAGUAGCUUAUCUUAUGGAUGCAUGGACUUAUUACCAUGUGUUAAGUGCACAUAAUAUGACCUAUAACCAGCACAAUUACUUAAAAGCAGUUUUGAGUCUUAGACAUUCAACAUAUUUAAAGGAAAAGGGUGGGAAACAUUUGGCCCUCUGACUGUUGAUAAGAGUUGUAUUCCAACACCUGCUACAGCUGGAGGAUCACAACUUCCCCAUCUCUGUUUUAGGGCAAUACAUCUUGAAUUGAAUGGUUACCUGAAACUAGGAUGGCAGAUUAUGUGGUUCAAGAGACGUUUCCCUUACAGAGACAGUUCAAAUUCUGUGCCAGGGAGAGUUUCAUUUCAUUAUUUCUCUUGUUCGUAUUUGAAAUGAUUUACUGUUCUCCCUCUAAUUUAUUCUGGUUUUGUUAGAGAGAGGCACAAAGUUAGGAAGGGCACUAUGGCCCUACCUCAGCCACUGGAACUCUUGGUCUGUAAGAUUCAAGCAGGCAUUCAUCCACAACUUUCAAGCAUGUCAGCAUAACUAUGGUAAAAGGGCUGCAAACUUGCUGUUUUGUGUGUGUUUUGAUGAGAUUUUUGCAAAGCUGAAUUUUGUACCACAGAACCAUAUUCUGAGAUUUGCUCCACAGAUGCGCACAUACUUUUAUGAAAUUGGAGUUACACAUAACUCUGCCUACAUUUGUUCAUCAGAGUCCAUGGGGAGCUUUUGUGUCAUUAGAGCUCAACCCAGUUCUGCAAAUAACAGCCCUUGCCUUGCAUGAAGCGUGUUCCUCACACAGCAUAACAGAACACUGUUCUCCUGCUCUUCCUCACUUAGUGUGUGUGCAUAACCACCAUGCUAGGUAGGGUGUUAAGGGAAUGAGAGAUUAAUGUUUCUUGACCGAGAAGAUGGGGGCAGGUGGAUGGGACAGUGAUAUGCAAGGAGCAGACAAGCAUCUUAUUCCACAUUAACAGCAGAUGGGAAAAGAUUAGGUUCUGCUAUGCCUUUUAUGGUUCCUUCAUGCCAAGUGCUGUGUUCAUAGUAGGACUAGAGUGAACCCUUGAGAUUUCAUCAGAUUAUACUGGCAAUCUGAAUUGGAGGAAGGGGGAAGAGAGAAAAUUCACAGUAACCAAAGAGGCUGACCAUAUGGCAUGAAUAUUACGGAGCACUUUGAUUGUUAUCCUUCAGAACCAGUUUUGGAGGGAAAUUGUUGAAUGGUUGGGGAAAGUUCAGACUUCUUUGAAAACAACAAAUACAGGAAAAUCAAUUAAAACAAUAUAGAUGUUCGCAAGUUAUUCCCUGCCUUUGUUGUGGUUGUCAAAUUUUGUUAUGUGGGUAUGUACAGAAAGUAUACCGUAAGUAAAUAUGAAAGAUCCUUAAUGCUUUUAAACUGGAACCACAAUGCAGUGUUUAUAUGCAAUGUUUACAUGUUUUGUGUUCAUGGGAAAUACGUUUCUUUGACAAAAAUGUCUUAAUUUAAACAGGAAUUUGCAUCAUGCAAACCCACUGUCACUAACACAGGUGAAAAUAAAAUAGCCAAAUCAUAUUUGGAGUAGUAGUAUUUCAGUGAGUCUAUUCUGGGUAUGGUUGACUUUGAUGCUACCCAUAUGAAUUAAGCCUGGCACAGCAUUAAGCUUCUUCCUACCAUUUUUUAUGAACUGCAUAGUGUUGCACACAACAAUAAAUGUCUGGUGUGCACACCUAAGCAAACCUGGUUAGAUUAUGAUCUGAAAAGUACAACCAUUUUAUUCCACCAGAGAACUUCUAUGUCCUUCUCUCUUCCUAAAAGAAUUUCUGAUUACCUGAAAGCAUUCUUGUCUUUACCAAAACCUUGAUAGUCUGUUUUCUCCAAAUGAUUUAAAGGCCUAUUUAUUUCUCACCACAUCAAUAUGCCAGCAGCAGAGAAACUUGUCAGAUGAUGGUAAUGAUUCAUGUGGCAAUGUUGUACACACAGAACAGCUGUGUCUCAAGUAGCCUUUGUGUAGUGAUCCAAAUAUUUAAACCAACCCCAGCACAUUGCGGCAACUUGUAGUCUGUAGUUUGUAAAUGAACUUGCAAGAGGUGUAUGUUCCAAGACUUAGCUACCAGAUAUUUUAAAAUCUGUUUUAUGCUAUUUUUUAGAGAGGCUGGGUUUUUCUGCUUGUGUUUGUUUUUUUACUACCGCAUAAUAUAUAUUUUGUGUGACUAAAGUGUGAAAAAUGUGGUAGUCUUGUGUAUGUCUUAAGAGAAAGAAGGCAGACACAAAGAAACUUACACUUCAAGACUGUUGCUACUAGCAAUGUAAUAUGUCCGAUCUAAUAGAAAAAUGUUACCUUGUAGUACAUCACAUACUUUAUAAAAAAAAACCACCAUUAUUUUUUUUAUGGAAAUUUUAUAUAAGAAUCUAUUUCUGCAUAUUUCAAGUGAUCUUGUAUUUUAUUAAAGUGCUACAAGUAAGGAUUGUGCAGAAGAUUGCAAGAAUUUGCAUCUGAUUGAAAUGAAAAGCAUGCAUACUUUGAAGAAAAAUAAUAUCCUGCUGUUUGUGACCUGGGAAGUAAAGCUAAACUGUAGAACAGAAUAAAAUAAUUUAAAGACAACUGGGGUUGCUCUUGUUUUUAAGCAAACACUGCGGCAGAGGAAAGCUGUCAAAGGUUAGUGUUCAUAGCAUGUGUUCUCUAUUUCAGAAAAUACAUCUUACAGAGUAAACUGCAGGGGAAACCGGGUCAAGUUGAACUGAUGUUUUCAAAAUAAAUAGAAAGCAUAACUAAUUUCAACACUUAGUAGGGUCUUCUGGACUGGAGUCUAGCACAACAUCGAGCUGAUCUUAGUUCUUAAUGAUAUUGUGUGUAUUGCUGGCAAUUCAAAUACUGGAAAAAGCAUUUUCUAGGUUCCUAAUGAUGUUUACUGUACUCGGAAAGCAAGUCUUACAGAGAUUGCAUGUGACUACACCAAUAGGUACUUUUAGUAAAUAGUAUAAAACGUAAUUCAUUUAAGAGCCAUACAGUGCUGCCUCAAGUGUACUGUGCAGAAAUCUCUUGUGUGCCUAAGUUCAGGAACAUUUAGAACUCAAGGAUAAGUACAACACACUGCAUGGAACAGUUUGCAUCAUAUGCUAAAAUGUAUUCAACUGGCAGCAUUUCUUAACCUUUGCCUCUACUGUAUAUUCAUCUCUCCUUUUUACUUUCUCAAUACUUGAUUAGGAAGGUAUAGUUCUCUAAUUUUAAAGUGACUCCUUUGUUGGGAGUGCUAAGAAAUCUGAUAACAGGAGCUUACCUUCUCAUUUUGCCUAAGGAGAAACUUUUCAGCAGUGUUUCCAUGUGCUAUUGUAGCAAAUUGCCUCAUCAGGAAAGUGAUAUGCAAAGCAGUAAAACCCAGCCAACUUUUGUGUUUUGGAGGCAAGUGCCUAUCUUCUGUAUCACAUGCAAGAAAACAGAGUAGUUCUUGGAGAAAGGCUAGAGCAGGGUUAGCCAAGAUGGUACUUUCGAGAAGUUGUUGAACUUCUGCUCCCAUCAGCCUUUACCAGCUUGGCUCAGUGAUCAGAGGCAAUAGGAGCUGGAGUCCAACAUGUUGGUUAUCCCUGGGGUAGAGUAUCUGUUCCUUGUGUGGCUCAUAUAUGAGACUACUUCAGGAUUGUACCAGUCUCUGAUCCCAUUGUCGUGCUGGUGGUAAGCUGUGGCUCAAUAACACUUUUUGAAAAACACAUUACCCCUAAAGCUGCUUAUGAGUGGUAACUGUUACUAUGGAGUGAAUUGGGGCAAGUAUUUUCUGCAAAGGCACCCAGUUCUGAAAAUUGGCCUUGUCACUAAUUCUGACAUCUGGAUUUCAAGUGGUUCAGGAUAGGGUGCUACCGGUAUUUAUUCUCAUUUACCCAAUUGGAGGGCAAUCAGUAGCUCUGGCGGGAUUGUUUUUUUUCAAGGUUGACCCUCACCCACCAUGUCCUGAUCCUAGCUGCAAAUAACUAUACACUCUUGCUGUAAAGAACAUUUUCAUGUUACACUGACAUUUUUAAUUCUAUUGCAAUUAUGAAAAAUUAAAUUGUUCUAUAGGGUUCUUUGACCAGGAUUGUCCACAGUGGGAAGAGUCUGGCCUGCUAGAGUAGCCACAAGUUGACUUUAUGUAGCUGAACACCUGAAGGAAUACCGGUAGUUGUUGACCUUGGCUGAAUGGCAGGUAAGACGUACCAGAAGCUGUCUGUUGAUGGGAUGGAGGCUUUCUGUUGAUGGAAUGAAACUUGAAACUCUGGCCCUUGGAAGACUAAUGUGAAACCCUGUUUAUGUAUAGUAUUUGUCCAGAUACACUCUGUGCGGUUUGUGGCCUUCAAAGUAGUAGAGAUAAAUGCAUUGCAGCAUGUUCAUCUUUGAGCACACUUCUGGUUAGAAGGAGCUUAAUUUUGCAACUUGACUGGUGAUUGGUUUUGUCAUUCACAGUAAAUCAGCGGAAAAGUACAAAGUCAAAAGCAGCAAAGAAAUAAUUGUGUACGUUUAUUGUUCAUUAAACUCUGCUUCAACCCUACAUGUAGGAUAAAGGGUUGGAUUCAAACAAUGUCCUCUUUGUAAGCAUUGUAAGAAUCCAGUGUAGGGAGAGGACAUGUUCAUUUAAAAAUGCAGGGGUGUUUGUUCAACGACCUACAUUGUAUGAUAUGUGUAGGUUAUUCCUCAGGGCAUGUUCUGUUCCAGGUAUCGGACCCCGUGUUAUUUUUUGGUGACAUGAUUUUGUGUGUCAAAGAAAUCUUUUUGCCUCUUACCACUGAGUUUGUGUGUAAUGUUAAUUUGCCUCACCUCUUUUUACCCAGGUUUGUCUUGUUGGUUUCAUGGACUGCUCCUUUCACUCUCAAUAUGAGACUCUCUGAAAUGCUUCUUUAUUCUUUUGUUCUCUUGUGUUACCUUCAAAAAGUGAGUAAACUCCUGAGAGAAGGGAUAAACCACCCCAAGUUGAUAGCAAUCCGCAUUUGCACAAACGAGGUUUGGUGCUAACUCACAAUUAGUGAUAGAAUAUUGUUGGACCUAUAAAAAAAACCUGCUGCUGUUUCUAUAGUAAUAUCUGAACAGGCAUAACACACUCUGUCAUCCAAAGAAAGUGAACAGUUCAAUCUCAAUUCAAGUUCACUCAAAAGUAGAGUCCGUGUGAUAAAGUGAUUAAGAUGUUGGAAUGGGACUGGGGAGAUUCCUGUUUGAAUUGCACAGCCAUGCAGUUCAAAAACAAAAUGUUUCCAAGUCAGAAGAAAGUCCACUCUUUGCCAUUCCAAAUCUUUCUGACUUUUAUAUGUAAUGACCUGGAUACGCUCCAUUACUACCAAAUCCUUUCUGCUAGAUCAGUGGUUCCCAACAGGUGGUCCGGGGACCCCCAGGGGUCCGCGAGCUAUGCCAGAGGGGUCCUCAAGAUGCUAUUAGAAUAAAAAAUAUAUUAAAUAUAUUUCGUAUGAUAACAGAUUUUUUGUUUUGGCCGCUUCCUGCAUGAGCAGAGUCUAGCGCAAAACUAGAAUUAGAUAGAGGCAGUAGUUCUGCUAUAUGCCCCUUAGGUGGCGCUUUACAAACACUACUGUUUUGCAAAGAGGCAGCGCGUGCAUUCUACUAACGCUCACCUCCCCAAGAUGCUUUGCGCGUGUCGGCUUCAUUUGUGCGCUACUGCGCAGGUCCCCUGUCUUCUCCAUUCCCCUCCCUCCUCCCUGGCGCGCGCUGCCUCUUUGCAAAACAGUAGUGUUUGUAAACAAAGCGUUGUUUUUCGCGGAAGCUACAGUUCGCGUAGUUAAAAAUGAACCGUUGGUGAAAAAGUGGUUCAUCUCAUUAAGAACUGAAAAUUAAAACUAACUGUAUACUGAUGGAGUACUCUGUUGUAACUGUAAAAAACGUAUAAAUAUAAAAUAUAAAAAGACUCUUAAUUUGGCUCUCACUUUUUAAUUUUAGGAUUAGGAAUUAAUGGGGGUCCUUGUCACAAUAGCGGCUCAAUGAGGGUUCCUCGAGAAAAUUUUGUUGGGAACCCCUGUGCUAGAUCAUGGCAACUUUACAGAUGACCAGGCUCUAUAUAGCAACAGUCAACUUGUGUGUAUCUAAAUGUAUUUCUGCUCCCUGGAUUGUAGCCCCUGUGAACCCACAGUGGACCUUUCUGGUCCUACAGUAGGGCUGGGGAACCUGUUGCGCUCCAGUCCUCGUCUGUUUCAGGCAGCAAGGCCAAAGAUCACAGAUGAAGCCAGAUGAAGUUCAGCAGCAUCUGGUGAGUCAAGGUUUCCCCACCCCUGCCCUGGAGAAUGGCAAAGAUACAUUGCCGUGCAAUACUAUUAUCUAGUUUUGGUUUAAGAGCCCUCCUUAUUUGUGCAUAUUGCUAAUUUUCUGCUAUCAACCUGAAAUGUGAAUAUUAUAAAAUGGCUGUCCUGUUGUUCCAUUUAGGUGAAAGUGAGGCGGCAAGGACAGCUAUAAACCAAGAAUGAGAAGGUACAAGAAAUGACUCAGAAGAUUUAGCUUUAUUUAAUUAACCAUUUGUGCUUUUGAAAUAUCUCCUCACUGAUUUGAAAACUACACUACUUUGUGCCACAGGCAGAGGCAAGUUAGAACAGUUAUCACAGCCUCUGGCAUGGGCAAGAUAAUUACAUGGAUCAAGAAUCAGUUACAAAAAAGGUGUGUUCUUCCUGGAACAUUCUGAAAUCAGUACCAGUUUAAGACUUGUUUUAAACCUCGAUGCCAGGGAGCAGUGUCCCAACCUGCAGGUAUAGUUUUGGCUCCUCAUACUCUACAAUUACUCAAGUAUACCCUAAUUAAGAAGUCAAAAUUACUGUUUUGAGAGAGAGGGAUUUAUUAUUGUGGUCACUGCCAAAAUUGCAAGUUAAAUUUUCACUACAAGAAAAAUCUGUUGCUUUUAUGGAUGCAUAAAACUCUCACUCUUUUUACUUAAAAGAAAAAAAAUCACAAACAGGUACAUUAUGCUUUUUGGUGGGCUGAAUUCCUAGUUUUUAUUCUGAAGGAGGAUCCAUCUGAUGGGAGGAAAUGUUAGAAUUAUCUAGGGUAGGGAACUUUCAGCAAGCUAGAUGAGUAUAAUUUCCAUUCCCCUUCUCUUGAAACAAUGGUCAAGGAAUGAUGGGAGUUAAGUCCAGCCUUUAGCCUCUGGUCUGGUUCUUUCGGCAGGGGGAGAGGCUACAGCAGAAAAAGGUUUAAAGAUGUCAGCCACCAGCCAGUUGAUAGCACAUGAGAAACAGGCAGGAGGAAUGUUUUAAACAACAACUAUUUAAAAGCGCUUUCAGUUAUACAAAUAAAGUGAAAGAAGUAGGAAGAAUGCUUAAGCUUGGAUACAUGGAAACGGUGGUAAGCAAAUAAUGGUAACUGUUGUGGUUGUGUAAGAGAAUUGGAUCAUUCAAGACAGGCCUCCAUUGUUAACAUUACUGAUGAUACCAGAUCAGGUUAGAGUAGGGAUCUCAAAGAACAAGUGUGGUGGCUGAAGCUCCCAAACAGCACAGGGAAGAGCAAUUAAGUAGUGGUGUGUAUUUUGGGGAGAAAAGUAUUUUCUUUGUGCUGACAAAAGUUGUUGACCUACUAAAGUCAUAUCAUUGCCAGAUAGAUGUCUGGAGAGAGGACAUUUAUUUUUCUUCUGCUUCAUACAGCUGCUUUAAUUCUGAAGUUUACAGGAGUGAUGAGUCUUUACAAUAUUGGUCUCGGUGAUCCAAGCUGCAAAAUAUGGCAGUGCCCUAAGAGAAGAAGCAGAGCUUCAUUUUUCUUUUUACAGCUCGCCUGGCUUCUCUCAUGGAUGAAAGAUGCCUGAAUGUAAGUAUUGUAAGUAUGUAAGUAUGUUUGUUCUACUCAUCCCUUCAUUCAGUGAAGUGCUAAUUAGAGGUUUACUUAAAAUAUGAGGGGUGGCUUGGGGGCACAGCGGCAGCUGGGUUAGACACAUACACAAUAAUGAAGUAAUCUCAGAUAAAGUAAAGCCUGCAUUCACAUUAAAAAUGAGACAUGAAAAAGGGUUGCUGUGAUGUCACAUGCAUACUAAGUAGUCCUUUGUAUAGCACAGGGUGGAUGGCAAAGAGAAAGAGAUGCCCAAAGUAAGAGUAUGGUGCAGUUUCAUUGAAUAAUCUGACGGGGAAAUCCCAGGGUGUUUACAGACCAAGUUACAAUGUGUGUGUGUUUCUGUGGACGUAAAUGCUGCCCUUGAAACUUCCCCAGUACCACCAUGAGUGCUUUUGCCUAGCUAGGACAUAUACUUAAAUUGUGAUGGUGCUUUUUUUCUUGGAUGGAACACAACAUGCAGAAACCUUGAUUUUUGCAUGACUAAAGUCAAUUCAGUGUUCUGCCCAUAUUUGCAUAUGGUCCUGCCUGCCACUGGUUUGAAACUCCUGGAAGAUUGCCCAUGAGGAAAUGUGACCCUCAAGCUGAAAAAAAUCCCCCACCCCUAAGAAAGAGUAUGGACCAGAAGCAGAGGAUAUUUUUGCUUAGUCUGUGAUAGUGCUUUGUAUAAUCCAAGGUGCAUUCCUCUCAAUAGGAGCAUAUGAUCCUCUUCAGAUGCAAUGCAAUGU